AUGGUAGACUUUUAUAAAGAUAACGAAAACAAAACGAGUUCAAGCUCAGAUAGUACAAGGUUUCAAGGCAAAGUUAAGCCAGACGAUGUAAUCAAGGAACAAGAACUUAGAGCUAAAGAAAUACAGGAAGAAUAUCAUAAGAUAUAUAAAGAUUUUGAAGAGUCCUGUGGUAAAAUAGAUGAGUGUAUUAACGAAGAGAGUGAUACACCAGAACAAUUAUUUGACCAGAUCUUUGGCUUUUUUGAAGAUGCUUUUGAUAAAGCAAAUGUGAAAGAUGAAAAAGAAUAUCAAAAAAUUAAGGAUGCAAUCUUUAGUCAAACAAGAAAACGAGAUCGUCUUUUAUCAAUGCUUGAGUUUAUCAAAUCACUAUUGAAAAAACUUUUUAGUGCAGGUGCGGGUUCGAGUUUGAACUGGCAAGAAAGGUUAAAAAAAGAAAUAGAGGAUUUAGAAAAAGAAUUACUAGACGAGAAUUUAUCUCCAGAAGAGCUGAUAAGCAAACUUGAACGGUUGAAUUUGCUGAAGUUUGUAAAUCUUUUUGGGCCAUUGAAUUUCAUGAGUAUGAUAAUUAAAGCACUCACUAUUUUUGUAGCACUUGAGGCCACUUCGCUAGUUGGUGAAGGAUUUAUAAAAGAACUAUUGGUACGAGAAAAGGUUGUUCUGCCAGAAAAUAGAAGAAUACAGGAAGAAAUCACCGGUAAUUUCAUUAUGAACAUUGUCAACAUGUUAAGAGGUGUUGCACCAUUAGUUCAAGAUAUAGGAGCACUGCUCAGCAUAGCUAUUAUUGAAAGUGUGACUGCUGGUGUUAAGGCCGAGGUGGGAAUUGUAGACACGAGAAUACCAUAUCUUCUCUUGCCUGUAAUUCAUGAACCAGCUUUGCCAAAAUUACCGGCAGCAGAAAAAGAAGUGCAAGCAAAACCAAAAGAGAAACCAAAACAAGCUCCUCCUCUGGCUCCCGCUAAACCAAAACCUGAGUUUAUACAAGAAGUUGAAAAGAAAUCAUUGCCUAAGAAAAAAGAUAAAGGGUCAAUGAGGGCAGAAAGAAGAGUAGGAACAGAACCUCGAGCAAAUGAAUCAAGUGUUGGCGGGCCAUCUAGUGCUAUGCAGGAGACCCAGCUUGAACAACAUAGAUCUGAGCGGAACCAGGAACGCAGUUAA